AGCAGAGAGGAAAUGGAAACUCCCGUUAUUCCUGUUCUCCCCUGGAUGUGGGAGACUCCCAUUAUUCCUGUUUUUCCCUGGAUCUGGGAGACUCCAGGUGGAUCCAGGGGAGACUCUGUAAACUCCUAUUAUUCCUGUUUUUUCCCUGGAUGUGGGAAACUCCAGAAACUCCCAUUAUUCCUGUUUUUCCCUGGAUGUGGGAGACUCCAGGUGGAUCCAGAAACUCCCAUUAUUUCCGUGUCCUCUGGAAGUGGGAAACCCUGGAAACUCCCAUUGUUCCUGUUUUUCCCUGGAUGUGGGAAACUCCAGAAACUCCCAUUAUUCCUGUUUUUCCCUGGGUGUGGGAGACUCCAGGCGGCUCCAGGGGAGAGGGAUCCGAGGUAAUCCUGGGAAUUCCCGCUUCCCAGAGACACCACCAGCUGCGGAUCAAGAUCCUGGGCGACUGCUACUACUGCAUCUGCGGGCUGCCCGAAUUCCGGGAGGACCACGCCGUCUGCUCCAUCAUGAUGGGGCUGGCCAUGGUGGAGGCCAUCUCGUACGUGCGGGAGAAGACGCGGACGGGGGUGGACAUGCGCGUGGGGGUGCACAGCGGGACCGUGCUGGGCGGGGUGCUGGGCCAGAAGCGCUGGCAGUACGACGUCUGGUCCACCGACGUCACCCUCGCCAACAAGAUGGAGGCCGGCAGCAUUCCCGGGCGGGUGCACAUCUCGCAGAGCACCCUGGACUGCCUGCGGGGCGAGUUCGAGGUGGAGCCGGGGGAAGGGGGGUCCCGCUGCGAGUACCUGCGCGAGAGGGGCAUCGUCACCUACCUGGUGGUGGUGCCCCGGCAGCCCCUGCGCCGCGGCAUCAACGGCGUCAAGCUGUCGCUGAGCUCGACCCCCGGUGCCGAUGUCACCCCCCCACCCGACGUCACCCCCAAGGAGGGCACCGAUGUCACCCCCCCGCCCGUGGUCACCCCCCCGCCCGUGGCCACCGCCAAGGAGCGCAACGGCCGCCUCAGCAUCAGCCCCGACGGCUGCGACGGCGACGACGACGAUGACAUUGAGGCGGAGAACCCGUCGUUCCCCAACCCGCGCCGGCGGCUGCGCCUGCGGGACCUGGCGGAGCGCGUGAUGGACGCGGCACAGAACGAGCAGGAGCUGCACAGGCUGCUCAACGAGGCCCUGCUCGAGAGGGAGUCCUUCCAGGCGCUGAAGGGUCGCAGCACGUUCCCGCUGUCGCUGCGGUUCCGGGACGCGGCCAUGGAGAGCCGCUACGCGCUGGAGCGGGAGAAGCAGAGCGGGGCCGCCCUGGGCUGCUCCUGCCUCGUCCUCCUCUUCACCGCCCUCCUCCACGCCCUGCGCGACCCCUGGUUGGUGGCCAACUACGUGACCUUCGCGGUGGGGGAGGCGCUGCUGCUCCUGCUGACCCUCUGCUCCCUGGCAGCCCUGUUCCCAAGGGUGUUCCCCAAAAGGCUGGUGUCCUUCUCCACGUGGAUCGACCGCACGCGCUGGGCGCGCAACGCGUGGGCCGCCGCCGCCAUCGGCAUCGUCACUGCCGCCCACACCAUCGACAUGCUCAGCUGUGUGGGUGACACGUUCCCCAACUCCUCGUGGCUGUGGGUCCCGAUGCCCGAGGCGGUCCCGGCGAUGCCCGGGGCGGUCCCGGCGAUGCCCGAGUCGGUCCCGGUGAUGCCCGAGGCGGUCCCGGCGAUGCCCGGGGCGGUGCCGGGGGUCGGUCCCGGUGAUGCCCGAGGCGGUGCCGGGGCGGCUCCAGUUCCCGGAGCGGUUCCCGUUGCCGGCCGGGGUUGCGCGGAGCACCCCCCGUACUGGAGCCACGCGUGGGUGCUGGCGCUGGUGGCGGCGCUGCUGCUGGUGCAGCUGAGCCACCUGGUGAAGCUGGCGCUGAUGGCUCUCGUCGCCGCCGCCGCCGCCGCCGCCACGCUGGGACCCCGAGCGCACCUCUUCGACCUCUACGACCGGCGCAGGGCGCUCAGCGGAGG